AUGGGUGCCCGCCUGUUCCUCCCGGGCCUCGUCCUGCUGCUGCUGCCCACGCCCACCCCAGCCCCCUGCCACACGGCCACGCGCAACGAGUGCCGGCGCAACCGCUGGUUCGUGCCCGGCUCGAUGCUGGCCGGGGAGGGCAUGGACGUGACCAGCCUCAAGCGCUCGGGCUCCUUCCCAGUCGACACAGAGAGCUUCCUGCGGCCCGACGGCACCUGCACCCUCUGCCGCAACACCCUACGGGGGGGUGCCCUCCAGCGCCUGCCCCUGGCACUGACCGACUGGCGUGCCCAGGGCUCUGGCUGCCAGCGCCGCGUGGUCAAGGCCAAGGCCAGCUCCACCGAGGGUGUGGCCAAGGAAGCAGCCAGCAACAUCCACAACGACUGGCGCGUGGGGCUGGAUGUGUCUCCCAAGCCCAACAUCAAUGUGCAUGUGAGCAUGGCCGGCUCGCACUCCAAGGUGGCCGACUUCGCUGCCCAGAAGACCCACCAGGACAGGUACAGCUUCAGCACUGACGUGGUGGAGUGUCGCUUCUACAGUUUCCACCUAGUACACUCUCCGCCACUGCACCCCAAUUUCCAGAAGGCCCUCAGCGACCUGCCCCCCAAUUUCAAUACCUCCACAGAGGCUGACUACCUCAGGCUCAUCUCCAACUAUGGCACCCACUUCAUCCGGUCCAUGGAGCUGGGCGGCCGGAUCCUGGCCCUCACUGCCCUGCGUACGUGUGAGCUGGCCCUGGAAGGGCUCACAGCCGAUGAGGUGUCAGACUGCCUAACAGUCGAGGCCCAGGUCAGCAUAAGUGACCACGCCAACCCUUCAUCAGAAUUCAAGGCCUGUGAGGAAAAGAAGAAGAAGCACAAGAUGACAACCUCCUUCCACCAGGCCUACCAGGAACGCUUUUCCGAGAUAAUUGGUGGCCACCAUACCUCCAUGAGUGACCUGCUGUUUGGGAACCAGGCCGGGCCGGAGCAGUUCUCAGCCUGGAUGGCCUCACUGCUGGACAGACCCGGCCUGGUGGACUACACCCUGGAGCCUCUGCAUGUGCUCCUGGAGAGCCAGGACCCACGGCGGGAGGCGCUGAGGCAGGCUGUGAGCAAGUACGUGAUGGACAGAGCCCGUUGGAAGAACUGCAGCAGGCCCUGCCCCCCGGGGCAGCAGAAGAGCCCCCACAACCCAUGCCACUGUGUGUGCCACAACUCAGGGAUCACCAACCAGGACUGCUGUCCCCGGCAGAGGGGCCUGGCCCACUUAGAGGUUAUGAACUUCCAGGCAAUGGGCCUGUGGGGCGACUACUUCACGGCCACAGAUGCCUAUCUGAAAGUCUUCUUUGGAGGCCAGGAGCAGAGAACCUACACGGUGUGGAAAAAUAAUAACCCCACGUGGAUGACGCGGCUGGACUUCGGGAAUGUGCUCCUGUCCACGGGGGGGCCCCUGAGGGUUCAGGUCUGGGACCAAGACUAUGGCUGGGACGAUGACCUCCUUGGCACCUGUGACCAGAAAGCACAGUCUGGCUCACAUGAGGUCAGGUGCAACCUGUCCCACGGUCACCUGAGAUUCUCCUACAUUGCCAAGUGUUUGCCUCACCUGACGGGGGCAACCUGCCUGGAGUAUGCCCCCCAUGGUCGUCUGGGAGAGCCUCCAGGAAACCAGAGUGGGCCAGUGUGGUGAGAAGAGUGAGCCUUGAGAGGACCUAGGGUGCCUAGGCCUGGACUGAAUGGGGUUCUCACAGAAGGAGCCAGGGCCUAUCUUCAUACCCCCAUUAGACAGAUGGAAAACUGAGGGCUUUUUUUUUUUUUUCCAAUGAAGUGCCUGAAAGGCAAGCCCCAAGUUUCCGGUCCAAGGUGCCUUAGCUCUCUGAUACACUUGUGCCUCCAAAACGAGCUGGGGCCAGGCCACAACCUCCAGCCCCUGCUACACAGGGUCAGGAGCUGGGCAGAAGGCCAGGAGGCCCUUCUUCCUAGGCUGCCUCAUGUCAUUGAAGACCUUCCCUUGGGGAUCCCUGGGUGGCUCAGUGGUUUAGUGUCUGCCUUCAGCCCCAGGCGUGAUCCUGGAGUCCCGGAUCCAGUCCCACAUGGGGCUCCCUGCAUGGAGCCUGCUUCUCCUGUCUGUG